CAGACUUGUAGCUAGGGCGUUUCCUCACUCCUCUUUCUCCUCCUCUCUUUCCUUUUACUAAUAGAAUUACAUCGUUCCCGUUCCCAUCCAAUUCAGAUAUUCCGGUCUUUUAUUCACCUUUCUUUACUUUCUCUUCUAUUAUAACUCUCCCUUCUUCUCUUGAAUCUCUUCUUCAUAUUUUGGGUAGACGUAAGAUCGCCAUCGGUUUCUUCUGAAGUCCCUAGCAUCUGCUCCAGCUUGAUCAUUAUGGCACAGGCGCAUGAAACCGAAGGUGUUGUAUACGAAGAGGAGUAUAUAACGAAUUCGCGUAAAAUGAAGAUUUUCACAUGCAGAUGGCUUCCAGCAAAUAAAGAACCGAAAGCCUUGAUUUUCAUAUGCCAUGGUUAUGCCAUGGAAUGCAGCAUCACCAUGAACAGUACCGCAACAAGGCUUGUGAAGGCUGGCUUUGCAGUUUAUGGGAUAGACUAUGAAGGCCAUGGAAAAUCAGGAGGACUGGCUGGCUAUGUUAACAACUUUGACGAUGUCGCGGAUGACUGCUCUGAUCAUUUUACUACCAUAUGUGAAAAAAAAGAGAAUAGAGGGAAGAUGAGAUAUUUGUUGGGGGAGUCCUUGGGAGGGGCCAUGGUUCUGCUACUGCACAGGAAGAAGCCAGACUACUGGGAUGGUGCUGUCUUGGUUGCUCCCAUGUGUAAGAUUGCAGAUGACAUGAGACCACCUGCAGUUGUGAUUUCCAUUUUGACACUACUUUGCAAUGUAAUUCCAAAAUGGAAAAUAAUCCCAACACAAGAUAUCAUUGACGUCGCCUUUAAAGUACCCGAGACAAGAAAACAGGUUAGAGCGAACCCAUAUUGCUAUAAAGGCCGGCCUCGCUUGAAAACCGGCUUCGAACUUCUCAGGCUCAGUUCCGGGAUUGAGAAUAGACUUCCAGAGGUUUCAUUACCAUUUAUAGUCCUCCACGGGGAUGAUGACAAAGUGACAGACAAAUCAGUGAGCAAACUGCUCCAUGACGUGGCCUCAAGCACCGACAAGACAAUUAAGUUGUAUCCAGGCAUGUGGCACGGUCUACUCUACGGAGAGCCACCGGAGAACACGGACAUCGUGUUUUCAGACAUCAUUGGUUGGUUAGAGGAGAGAUUCGCCGUUGGAAAUCCGAGGUUGGAGUGGGAGUGGAAGCAUGAGAACGAUUGGGCAAAGACUGAGCAAAUCCCAGAGAACUGCUGAUGAUUGGUGUUUCAUGUGUAUAACGAAUGUCCCGUAAUAUUUUACCUCGCCAAGGCCUGCUUCUGCCUGUGCGUUGUGUUAUGUAGAACUCGUUUAUUUUCGUAAGUGACAUUUAUAUAAAGAUGAAUUAAGAUG